AUGAUAUUCGAAGUUAUGCCCAGCAUCCGUUCCCCUGUCCAAUGCAACCGCUGUUUAAGAUUCGGACACACCCAAAAAUACUGCCGAAGUGAAGCUAGAUGCAGUCACUGCGGUGAAACCAAGCACUCAAUUGACUCGUGCCCCUCCACACAAGCCACCGACCCGAUCUGUCUGUACUGCAAACUUCCUCACCUAGCCACUGACCGUUCCUGUCGGGAAUGGUUACUUCAAAAGGAUAUUAAAAAAAUCAUGGCGACAGAAAACCUAUCCUACAAAGACGCGUUAAUAUUUAAGAAAAAUAAAUGUUACACACCAGCCUUUAAAUAUUCCGAUAUUGUAAACAGCCAGCCUCAUAUCUCUGAAAACAUCGAAAUCGACACUUCUCUCCAGAAUGAUCACUUUCCUAGUUUAAACAAUUCCCACCAUUUCUUCAAUAAUAAAAAAAAAAAAAAAUACAUAUCUAAUCCAUCCCAGGUGCACAAUAAAAAAAAAUAUUUCUUACCUGUUGAUUCUUCUUAUACCACCCCAAACGGGAGCUACUUAAUUAAUCCCAAUGGCCUAAUUAAGUCGCCCGAUGCAAACGAUAAUGACUUUUCCUGGAUACACACCCUAUCCCUCAAAUUAUCCGAAUCUCUUAUAAACGCACCUUCACUCUCCUCUCCUUUUUCCCCGUCAUAUCUUCAGAACCUAAUUGAGUCGUCAUUAACUUCCCUCCUCGCCGUUCCAAAUUUUGUUACAACCGAUUAGGUAAUGUCCAUAUUUUCAACGAUUCUAUAAUUCAUAAUAACUAAAUUACCUAACAUGUCCCAAAAUUUCGAUGAUAAACAUCUCAUUAACAACUACAAUAUACUGCAAUGGAACGUUAGAAGUAUUACAGCCCGACUUCCUUCUUUACAGCAUUUACUCACCACUCACAAAUGUUCCAUAGCGAUCUUAUCGGAAACCUGGCUACUCCCUUCACGUACUUUUAAAUUACCAGACUUCAAAACCUUCAGA